ACCUCAAUGUCUCAACCAAGCAAAAAAGCACAGGGUUUCUCAUUUCUCAAUUCGAAAAAAAACAAAAAAAAAAAACAAAAACGACAAGCAGUAUGAGAACUCCGUUUAUCUUCCUCAUCUGUCUUUGGUUGGCGACGAGCUUAACGGCCGCCUAUGCAGAGGAAACCCCAUCUCCGACGAACAACAACGAGAACAGCACGGAUUUCAUCCGCACAAGCUGCGGAACGACACUGUACCCCAAGCUAUGCUACACGUCGCUCUCUCGCUACGCCAGCGCGAUCCAGCAGAACCCGGCUCAGCUAGCACUCGUUGCCAUGCACGUGACCUUAAGCAAAUCCAAGCACAUGACCACCUACAUCUCCAACCUCACGCGCCAAGCCGACUACGGAGCCAAUCCCCGAACCAUCUCGGCUCUCCACGACUGCUUCUCCAACUUCGGCGACGCCGUCGAUGAGAUCAACGGCUCGGUCAAGCAGAUGAAAAAUCUCGGCGUCGGGGGCGGCGGAGACGGACAGAGCCUGCGGUUUCAGCUGAGCAACGUACAGACGUGGAUGAGCGCGGCGCUCACGGACCAGGAGACUUGUACGGACGGGUUCGAGGACGUUCCGGAAUGUCCGAUUAAGAAGGACGUUUGCAAUAAGGCGACGUACGUUAAGCAGCACACCAGCAAUGCGCUUGCGCUUAUCAACAGCUACGCCGCGAAAGUGACGCCGUAAACCAAAUAACCAAAAAAAAAAGAAAAAAGAGCUUUUUAAUUGCGUUUGGAUUUUAAUUUAUUUUUCUUCAUAUAUACAGAGCUUUUUUUAAUUUUGAGAAAUUAUAGAGCACUCUGUACAAUAUAAUUUACUUACCCGUCGUUACCUGUAAAAGUCGGCUAAAGAGAAAUGUGUUAUGUGUGUGUGUGUGUUGUGUUUUUACUGUGGUGUCAAUUGUGAAAUCCUUUGGUUUUUUUUCUGUAUAUUUUUGCUUUUUGGAAUUUGUAUUUUAUUUGGUUGUACUGCUAAGAGGAAGAAAAAAAAAAAAAGUGUCCGUUCAUUAGUUGAAUCCGAGACAGCUCAGUUUUGUUC